CAUUUAAAGACAGUCACCCUUGUUUUUUUUUUUUUUUUUUUUUUUUUUUAUGACAGUCAGGUUUUUUGUUGGUCUUUUUCAUAACUUUUCCAAAUAGAAAAGCCAGUGUGUGGAACUUCCUUGGACUUUUUUACUGGGAGUGUUUCAGCUCUGACUUCCUUGUGCGAUCUGCGCAACCAAAAUCUCUCACUUCCCUAACAACAGCAGUGGGUGUCUGAAUGACCUUGCCAGGAAAUGUGUUAAGAAGCAUUGUCCAAUUGCAGACUGGAGUGACAAGUUGGCUCAGAAAAUGAGCCCCGUCGGAGGAGACGGGCAGGAGUUUAAUGAAUCUGACCUGUUACGCUCCCGCAGGCGAGAACAAUGGCAGCCGGCGGCUGGAUCUGCUUCCUAACUGGACUCCUGUCUCUGGCGUUGGCUGAGGAUCACAACCACCAGGGGGAAGCAGACACCUACCACGUGAGUGCUGGUCACUUGUUUCUGCUGAGUUGCCCGAUUGCUGGCGCUCAUUCCGAGAUAAAGUGGAGCAGAAGAGACGGGGGCGAUGAGAGCCUCCCCGCUGGGGUGGAGGUCAGAAACGGGUCGCUGUGGUUUCUACCCGUGCAGAUGACUCAUAGUGGAAGCUACAUCUGUGAAAAAAGGAAUAAAACGAAACCAUCAAAAAGACGAUUUAGAGUUUUAGUGUCCGGGUCAAACUGCCCUGAUCCAAGUGAAGAGAUUUUGGCUACAAAGGAAACGGGUGAAUUUCUUCAGUGCAAACAGAAAGAGAUCUUCAGACUGAAUCUCCCAAGGAAAAUACGAUGGACGAAGGACUGUCAGCAGGUGCAGCCGGAUGGAGAGUCCAUCUCUCUGAACACAAACGGCUUCAUGAGGCUGGCGGAGGUUUCGGAGGCAGAUGCAGGAAAAUACACGUGUCACAUAGACGUUACUGUAGACGGCCGGAAUUACACCGCAGCACGCAGCGUCCAAAUGACUGUCAAAAACGGUACUCCAGAUCUCUUUCCAGAGAUUCAUGUUGUGAGGCCCAAAAACGAGGUGGUCAUAGUGGAAGUGGGCAAGAGAGCAGAGCUGCACUGUAAGGCCUACACCGGCUUCAGUGAGGACGAAGAGAUUGCCAUGUACUGGAUCAUCAACGGGACAUACGCUAGCGACAUCAGCGGGCUUGCCGAGUCCUGGAAAUUUGUCCAUGAAAGAGGCAAAGUAUUUGGUCAGUCCACUCUGUCCAUCGCUACAGUUCGAAACGAGUUCCUGAACAUCCCCAUCAAUUGCCACAUCUCAAGCCCGGCUGAAGAGAAGGUCGGGGAGGUCCGGCUACAAGAAGCUGACCCAACUGAACACAACACGUUCUACAUGAUUGUGUCUCUUUGGCUCUCGGCCCUCUUUACCAUCCUGAUCCUGACGGCCUUCUUCCUCAUCUGUAAAGUCAACCUCUUCUUAGCAUACAGGGCACUUAAGACAUUGUUUUCUAAACAAGUUCCAGAUGGGAAGCUUUACGACGCCUACGUGAGUGUCGGUCAGUCAGCCAUGCUGGGUUUGGACGGCGUGGCCUGCUUUACCCUGCGGCUCCUGCCAGAGGAGCUGGAGCAGAAACACGGCUACUCCCUGUUCAUCAGAGGCCGGGACGACCGCCCUGGAGAAGCGGUCCAUGACGUCAUCUCCGCUGCGGUGCGCCAGUGCCGCCGACUGCUUAUCGUCUUGUCGUCUGCUGGCAAAUCAAAGGAGACGGCGCAGUUCUGGGAGAAUCACAACCUGCUCACGUACGAGCAGAAAGUGGGCCUUCACGACGCCUUGAUGCGAAACGACCCUAAAGUCAUUCUGGUGGAAGUCGACGGUCCGGUCGAUUACAGUCAGCUGCCGGAGUCACUGCGCUACAUCAAACGGACACAAGGAGCUCUGGAGUGGAAAAACUCGUUUGCUGAAACCAACAAACUGACUCAGAUGUACCUGAAAAGAAACUUUUGGAAGAGCCUGCGCUGUCACAUGCCUGCUGUACCUGCAAGGACGCCACAGAGUAUCGCUUGAAGCGGUGAACGUACUUUGAUUUACCUGGAAGGUUUAAAGAUGGCAUCCAUCAGAAGCUUCAGUUUUCAGAAGUCUGUCUUCUGAAGUCGUCCACAAGCGGGGACUAAACAUUUGAGUCGCCAUGUGGAUUAUUUAUUUCAGAUAACGUAUACUUUUAUAAAGUAAAGGACCUUGAGC